GAAAGUACAAAGAAACCACAAUAUGUGACCGAGAGGCGUGAAACAUCCGACCAACAGAAUGGUCCCCGGGCCAUCGUUUCCCUACUAACAUUAGAAGAAAAAAUGAAUUAAGAAACGCAUCAACUAAACUUUCUCAUGACUCCUCACCUCUAACACCAUUCUCCUCGCACACCAAAUCACAUACAAUGGUGUCAGCAGACUUCGACUUCGUUAUUGUAGGCGGAGGCCUAUCAGGCCUUGUGCUAGGCGCCCGUCUCUCAGAGAAUUCGGAAAUUUCGGUGUUAGUAAUCGAGUCCGGACCGGACUUCAGAGAUGACCCUAGGGUCAAUAUCCCUGCGAUGUGGUCGUCGUUAGUGGAUGAUCCAAAGGCAGCCUGGCAGUUCAAGACACGGCCCCAAGAUGCCUUAGAAGGCCGUGAGAUUGGCAUCACUCAAGGUCACCUUUUGGGGGGCUCUGGUGCACUGAACGGACUCGCAUUCAGCGCCGCUUCCAAGGCAAACAUCAACGCAUGGGAAGCCCUCGGAAACCCCGGGUGGAACUGGGGCAACUUAUCGGCGGCUACGACUAAAUCAUUUCGCCUCGGGGGUACUAAGGAUGCAAACGGCCCAUUGCAAUUGACUUUUCCUGACAAGGAUGAAAGUGAAUGGCCACGGGCCUGGAGAGACACCAUAAAGGCUCUCGGGUUCCCAGCAGAAAACACCCCGUUCUCAGGACAAGUCCUUGGAGCUCUAGCAGUUCCCGAUACCAUCUAUCCCUCCACCAAGCAAAGAAGUUAUUCCGGUAAUGCGUACCUCAAUUUGGCAAUAGACCGACCGAAUUUCACUCUAUGGACGCAGAUCCCAGUGAACAAAGUACUGUUCGACAAGCCGAAGAGCGAUGAUGGGUCAAGUGCUACAGUGGCUUCCGGCGUCGAGUAUACCACCAGUAGUGGCGAAAUCAAGACAGUGCGAGCUCUUAAAGAGGUGAUACUCGCAGCUGGGUCAAUCAAUUCGCCAAGGAUCCUUGAGCUGUCGGGGGUAGGUGACAAGAACCACCUAGAUUCACUGGGUAUUUCUACUAUCAUUCACAACCCUUUCGUCGGCGAGAACCUUCAAAACCAUCCUAUGUGUUAUUUGAAUUUCCAAGUCAAGGGAGAUGAAAAGGGGUUCGAGACAUUGGAAAAGCUCACGCGGGGUGAUAGCGACAUGAUCGCCGCCGCCAUGAAUGCCUACCAAACCAAGCAAACCGGGCCAUUCGCUAAGAGUGGUUCCAACAAUGUGGCACAGAUCCCAUUCCCCGGAAUUAAGACCGAGGAAGGAAAGCAGAAACUUCACAAGAUCCUACAGAUUGCGAAAUCCGAAACUAGUACCUCGGGGCCAUUCGCAAAAGCUCUAGAAUCGUUCAUACAUUCCGUUCUGGAAUCUCCUACGGAAGCCUCCUCCGUUUAUAUCUCAGCUCCCGUAUUUUCCAAUUCCACAAGUGACGGGGCACGAGCAUCCACGUUGAAGCUCGAAGAAGGCGAGAGAUUCUUCACUGUCGCGAUUCUUCUGGCCCAUCCAGCGUCCCGCGGCUCUGUGCACAUUACAUCCAAAGCUGCGCCGACCGCAACAGACAACGUCGCAAUUGAUCCAAAGUACCUCAGUCACCCUCUUGACUUGGAAAUUCUAGCAAGCCAUCUCCAAUACGUAGCUGAGACCCUAGCAACCACGGAACCACUAGCAAGCCACCUCAAGCCCGGCGGGAAAUUCAACCCCACCAUGCCACAGACCGGAAGUUUCGCGGACAUUGAAAACGUCAAGGAGUACGUGCGCAAGACAGCCAUAGGCGCCAUGCAUUUCACGGGCACUUGUUCUAUGAUGCCGAGAGAAGUGGGUGGUGUUGUCGACCCCGAGCUGCGCCUCUACGGCUGUUCGAACCUGAGAGUUUGCGAUGCUAGCAUCAUACCGAUCACUCCUCGGACAAAUCCUCAGGCUACCAUAUACGGCGUCGCGGAGAGGGCGGCUGAUAUUAUUAAGUCUAGCUUAUAAGUAGACGGAAGCGAUACCAUGUGGCUUGCUUAAGACAGUGAGCAUCUGCUUGGAGAAUCUAGAGUCUUUAGGGGUUGCCUUGAUUCCUGGCGAUAGUCAAUCAUUAUGUACCUAUCUUCAAGGCCCAUAUUAAAUCCAAUAAAAAGUUGCGGGUGAACCUUGCUUGAGUCAUGGCAUGAUACAAGUAGGUAAGAAGCUACACUCGUGUAACAGGAUACUUAACCCCCGCCUCCAUCUGUGGUCGCCAAGCCGACGGAGAUAAGCAACAUUGCUCUUGUGAAGAUGUCUUCAAAUAUAGAUGGUCAAUCGUAAGUACAUAAUAAAAACCAGGU